GGGCACCGCUACAAUUUAGAAAAGUUGAAUUUGAAAUGAGGCGGGGUCUCCUCGCUGGUCUAUUCAGAGCGAGGGUGUGUUUGAAAUCAAAUGACCUUGGAAUGGAUCUAACAGAUGGAGAGUGAGCUGAAGUUAUCGAAAACUGGAAGGUUGAGUUGAGUGUCAGAAUCAGAAUCAGAGGAAAAUGUUGAAAGAAACUCGAAACUCAGCUCGAAGGAAUCCUCAAAACGAAGCAAAUGAGAACGAAUUCGAAUCCUCGCAGAACCUAAUUAACUAUCCACCUCCACGAACACCUUUCAAUUCCAUACCUGACCCCUCUCAGUGCCAGGAAUCCGAACCUAUUCGACCGCCUCGGUUCGGGAAUGCUACUCCAAGAGCUUCCUCUCGGACCGGAAAGGCCCAUUCCGAGCCCAACUCGGCCCAGAGCACGCCCGCCAGAAACACUCCCAGGGUUUCCCUCGGCGGAGGAAGCAGAGGAAGAGGAGUGAGUUCGUGCGUGUUGCUCAAAGACACCGAACUCUCUCUCCAAGUUCCGCAUUUCGACCUCAAAGACGAUCCCUCCUUCUGGACCGAUCAUAAUGUUCAGGUGCUUAUUAGGAUUCGACCGUUGAGUACUAUGGAGAAGCUUUCGCAAGGACAUGGCAGGUGCCUGAGGCAGGAAAGUGCGCAAACUUUGGUCUGGCUCGGCCAUCCUGAAACCAGGUUCACCUUCGAUUACAUAGGAUGUGAGACCUUAUCUCAGGAAAACCUGUUCGGAGUUGCAGGAGUGCCUAUGGUGGAGAAUUGUUUGUCUGGUUACAACAGUUGUAUGUUUGCUUAUGGUCAGACAGGUAGUGGCAAGACAUAUACCAUGAUGGGUGAGAUUAAGGAAACGGAAGGAUACCUUACAGAUGAUACCGGGAUAACACCCAGGGUUUUUGAUUAUUUAUUUUUGAGGAUUAAAGCGGAAGAAGAGAGCAGGAAGGAUUACAAGCUGAAAUACAGUUGCAAGUGUUCCUUUUUGGAGAUAUACAAUGAGCAAAUAACUGAUCUUCUAGAACCUUCAUCAACGAACCUUCAACUCAGAGAAGAUAUGAAGAAGGGGGUAUAUGUUGAAAACCUUACUGAACAUAUGGUGGUCACAGUUAAUGAUGUUCUCCAGCUUUUGUUACAGGGCACUGCAAAUAGAAAGGUGGCAGCCACUCAUAUGAACUGUGAAAGCAGUCGGUCUCACAGUGUUUUCACUUGUAUAAUUGAAAGCCGAUGGGAGAAAGAUUCUCUGACUCACUUUAGGUUUGCAAGGUUAAAUUUAGUAGACCUGGCUGGUUCUGAAAGGCAGAAAAGCUCUGGAGCAGAUAGUGAACGUUUGAAAGAGGCAGCAAAUAUAAAUAAAUCCUUGUCAACACUUGGCUUGGUCAUAAUGACUUUGGUGGACUUAGCGCAUGGGAAGCCUAGGCAUGUUCCGUACAGAGAUUCAAGGCUAACAUUUCUUCUUCAGGAUUCUCUAGGUGGAAACUCAAAGACAAUGAUCAUUGCGAAUGUCAGCCCAUCCAUUUGCUGUGCUAAUGAAACAUUAAGCACUUUGAAAUUUGCCCAGCGAGCCAAGCUCAUUCAAAACAAUGCAAAAGUGAACGAAGAUGCUUCUGGUGAUAUAAGUGCACUGCAGUGGCAGAUUCAACAGUUGAAGGAUCAACUGUCCUUUCUGAUGAAAAAUAAAAAUUUUCCUCCCCCUGUAUCAAAUUUAGAGCCAAAUUCUGAAAGCUGUAGGUUGAGUGAAGUUUCAGAAGCAUAUGACUCUUUGGGAGAAAGAGUAACAGCAGGUGACAAGCUACCUAUUCCAAGCAAGGAGAUCAAAUGCAUUAAAGCUGCUUUGGUUAGUGCCCUGAGGAGAGAAAAAAUGGCUGAAACUACAAUCCAGAAUUUAAGGGCUGAAAUUGACCACACAAAUUGCUUGGCUCAACAAAGGGAAGAUGACAUUCAACGUGCUUCGAUUGUGCUUAGGCAUUAUGAGGAGAAAAUUAAACAACUUGAAUUAUUGGUUGAUGGACAAUUGUCAACUGAAAAGUAUCUCAUGGAAGAGAACAGGGCUUUAAAGAAAGAGAUUGAGCUACUUAAAGAAAAUAUUGAUAAAAAUUCAGACUCAUCCAGACUUGCUUUGGAGAAUGAUAGACUUUUGCAGCAACUGCAACAAUUCCAAAACUUUUAUGAGCAUGGAGAGCAAGAAAGAUUGUUGACUGAACUGUCUGAAUUGCGAGAUCAGCUUCUUGUCCAUCUCCAAGAAAAAAAUUCAUUCUCCACGGGAAAUGAAAACCAGGUUGAUACUGCACAAGAGUUUGAAGAUUGCCAGAAUAUGAAUUCUAAAUUACUCAGAGAAGUAGGUAAAUUACAAACAGAACUUGGAAAGUAUUUGAACUACAAUCAAGUUAAGUCUAAUGCUGUUAUGAGUUCUUCACUGGUGCAUCCUGAUAUACUUCUCAAGACAGAUAAAAGUUCAUUGUUUGAGACAAUAUCCAUGAGAUGUGAGUCUGGAGAUGAAAUGCCAUCCUCAACAUGGGAAGCUGAUGAUGCUUUAGCAAAUAUAAUUGAAGGAAAUGCUUUGGGAGCCUCAGUGAUCCUUGCCAAAGGUAAUGAAUAUGACAACAACAAAGAGUUAGAGGCCAGAUUGGAAAGAUUGAGCAAGGAUCUUGAAGAGGCGAGGUUACUUAGUGACCAAUAUCAAAAGAAAUGGACAUUACAGUUAUCUCAAAAGCAGCAGAUUGAAACAGUCUGUCAAGAGGUUGAGAUGGAGACAACCAGUACAAUUCUUCACUUGCAAGAAGAGGUUGCCAUUCUUCAGUCACAAUUUGAAGAGAGGUUAUGCUCCAUUGCUCAAGAAAAUACAGAACUAAAAAAUAUGAUUGAGGAAAAAGAAGAGGAAAUUAGGUCACGGUGUUUGGCCUGGGAAAAGGCAAUCUUGGAAUUGACAACCUUCCUUCUAGAAGGCUCCAGAUCUCUCAAAGAUGCCUGUGGUCAGGUAAAAAACAUUUCUUGUUCAUUUCCCCUUGUCAACGGCCAAAUUAGUGAACAUGUUGACAUGGCUGUCAAAAAGUAUAUUGCGAAGGAGGAAACAAUUCAGCAGCUACAAAGUAGCUUGGAGGAUGCACGAAAGAUGGUUUUGGACAUGGAGCUGAAAAUAAGCUCCUUAAAGGAAGCAACUGUGACCUUGGGUGCAUUUCAACAGCUAGAUGACGCUGAAGACACUGAAGAGGCAAUUCAGUUACAAUCAUUGUUAAAUGAGAAGACCAAUAUAAUAAGGAUGCUGGAAAAUGAUAUAAAUUGUAAAAAUAAUCAAAUUUGUAAAGCAGCUAAACAAGCUGAUGCUGCAUUCCUUGUAGCAAAAUGGAUUUCUGAUUGUUAUAAUAAUGUAGUUCACACAAAUGGUGAUGUUGAAGAUAUUUCCAUUCCUGAACUAGAUGAGCAAGCUGGACUGGGAAUUUGUGCUAUUUCUGAGAAUCAGGAUUUUGGAAAUAAUUUGAUACUGAAUGAUCUUAUGGCUCAAGUUGAAUUAACAAAACUAGAGGUAGUGGAGAUGGAGAAUGCUGUAAAAACCUUUUUUGUAGAUGCAGAAACACAGACAGGAUCUUUCCAAACUGGUGUUUCAGAUCUUUCUUCUCUUUACAGGGACUUGAUUCAGGACAUGGUAAAAGAAACUCAGGAUAUGAGGAAAGAAGUAAGGGAUUUAAAGAUGCAUCAUAUAAGUUCUGAGGGUUAUACAGUAGAUUCCUUAACAUCAAAUGCAAACAAAUGUCAGGUGUUUGCAAACCAGCAUCAGGCACUGCAUCUGAUAAAAGAGCAACUUGUUGAAAUGAAUAAAAGAUUGAAUAUCAUGGAGAAAUUUAUUACCAUGGAAGAUCUAUCUAGAUUUCAACUGAUGGAUGAAGAUCGCAUAGAUACUGAUGAAUCAAGUGCUGAUAGUUCUUCAGUCUCUGAUUUAUCGACUGAAGACAGCUCUGCUUCUGGAAGCAAGUUGCACUGCAACUUAAAGUUUACUGGAAAAUUAAUGAAAACUGUUACUGGAUCUGAUGAUGAUUUGAUAUCAUCAAAUACAAGAAAGCUCGUGGAAAGGCCAAUACAUAAUGAAGCAGGAGUGUCCUGUCUGAGUAAAGAUUUAAAUGUAACAUAUGAGAAUUUCCAAAGACUGUAUUUUCAUUUGUCUGCACUUCUCAAAGAUUUGGAUGAUGAAUCGUGUUCUUAUCCAAAAGAACUGAAAAAGAAGGUUCCAUCUUUCCAGUUGAAGAUGCAGAAUGACGAAGCAGGCUUUGAGAAUGACACAGAGGUAUGUGGUUAUAGGGAGAUUAAGCCUGAUGAUGGCAUCUUAACCCAAUUUAUGGAAGCUCAUGCAAUAGUUAAGGAAGCUGAUCUUACUCUACAUGCUUUGACGAAAGCAUUUGAAGAUUCAAAACAGUUGACUGCUAUGUGGAAGCAGGCUGGUGAAAACUUGAUGAUCGAGAGAGCAAGCUUUGCAGAGGAGAUUCAAAAACUCAAAUCUUCAGUAUGUCAGAAAGAAGAAGAGAAUCAAUUACUGAAGGACCAUAUCCAUUUCAGUUUGGUAGAGAUGAAGAAUUUAGUUUCUAUGCUAGAAGAGCAUUUCUUGCAAAUGCGAACUGAUAUGGAGAAAAAUUUCAUGGUAAUGUAUUCUGAUGUUCUUCUAAUGGGGCAGGAGAUGCUAUUAUCUACAAACAACCUGAGAUUAUCGGUAGAAGAUAUUUGCUCUCAGGUUGUGGAUGAAGGGCUUGUAUCUUUUGUUCUGUACAACUGCUGUGUAACACAGCUUGUUAGUAAAUUUGCCCGCUUUAGUGUAAACUGUGAUUUGCGAUCAGCCAGACAAAGUCAAUUGCAUAAGUUGCCAAAAAUUUGCUCAAGUGUUGCAGAGCCUGUAAUUGGUAGUAAAAGAGGUCAACGUGAGUUAAUCCUAAGUGUGCAAGAGGAACCAGAUCUGCCCGAUGUUGAAGUAUUAUACGAAAAUAUGGCUCUUCGAAAGGAGUUAGACAGGAAACAGGAGUUAUUAGAGGGUUUACUUUUUGACUUUAGAUUGUUGCAGGAAUCAGCUUCUAACAGCAGGGACAUUAAAGAUCAUACUGAGAAGUUAAUAUUUUCUCUAAGCCAAGUUCGCUAUGAGCUAGAGAUUAAAGCUGGUCAGCUUGAUGAUAUACUGGUUCAAAACAGAAAACUUGAAGCUUCUCUUGCUGACACUGAGAAGGCCUUCACUAAAUCAAAUUACGAGCUUAUGCUCGCCAAAGAAUCAAUUGAGAAACUUUCUAAUCAAAAUGUGGAGUUAAGGGAGAUUCUGAAAGAACUAUAUGCCAAUAAAACUGAAGCUGAAGGGCAAUUGGAUGAACAUAAAGAGGCAAUUAAAGGCUUGGAAAAAGAAAUUGCUAGUUUGACAACAACACUCGAAAACCAAUCCCUUUCCUUGUUUGAAAGCAUUGAGGACGAACUAAAACAGGUAAUAAUAGAGAGGGACCAACUCCACGAAGAAGUUUGUGUCUUGAAUGGUAAGCUUGAGAUGGCUUAUUCCUUGGCUGAUGAAAAAGAAGCAAUUGCCAUGGAAGCGCGUCAGGAGUCAGAGUCUAGCAAACUCUUUGCUGAGCAAAAGGAAGAGGAAGUCAAGAUUCUGGAACAUUCUGUUGAGGAACUUGAGUCUACCAUAAACGUUUUAGAAAAAAAGGUGUAUGAAAUGGAUGAGGAGGUGGAAAGACAUCGUUUAAUUAGUGAUUCACUAAAAAUGGAACUCCAAGCUUUGAAAGAGAGAUUAUUGUUAGUUGACAGUUUACCCCAGAAUGUUGAUUCAGAAAGCAUGAUUGUUCAAACUGAUGAGCAGAUAUCUUGGCAAAUACCCACUAAAACGCUGGAACUUCAUGAGGCACUAAAUCGGAUAAAGUUUCUUGAAAAGGAAAACGCAGACCAAGAUAAAGAGAUUAAACAAUGCAAAGAAUACAUCUCUGAAAUUGUGUUGCAUGCUGAAGCUCAAGCAUUGCAGUACCAACAGAAGUACAAGUGUCUGGAAUCCAUGUUCCGUGAAGUGAAGACUGAAAUGUCAAAUUCAACAUCAAUGGUACCGACAUCAGAGAAAACUGAGAAAACCUCAACACGGACAAGAGGUUCAAGCUCACCAUUCAGAUGCAUUACAAAUCUUGUUCAGCAGAUGAAUCAGGAGAAAGAUCAAGAACUGUCAGUGGCGAGACUCCGUGUGGAAGAACUAGAAGCACUUGCAGCUAGCCUGCAAAAGGAGGUAUGUAUGCUACAAACAAGACUAGCUGCUACUGAGAGCAUGACUCAUGAUGUCAUUCGGGACCUUCUUGGGGUCAGAUUGGAUAUUACCAACUAUGCAGAUUUGAUAGACCAAAACCAAAUUGUGAAAUUAGUGGAGGAGGCUCAUCAUCAAAGAGAGGAGUUCUUUGCAAAGGAAAAAGAGAAUCUCGAUUUAAGACUGCAGAUAAAUGAUCUUAUUGAAGAAAGAGAGAGCUGCAUAUUGGAAUUGAAAACUAAAGAGGCAGAUAUACUUGUUGCUCAGAUAGCAGUGCAGCAAUUGCAAGAGCGAGAUCAGUUGCUUUCAGCACAAAAUGAAAUGCUGAAGAUGGACAAGACCAAUCUCAUGAAGAAGGUAGCAGAAUUGGAUGACAUGGUGAAAACACUACCUGGGACAAGAAAUACCCAACCUGCACCACAGUCAUCAAGAACCAAGGAUAAGGGCUCUGAAUUUGGGUAACGUUGGAAUUAGUAGGAGGUUGUCUCAAUCCGAAAGACGUCUUUCCCGUUUUAAUGAUGAGCCUGCUCGUUACUGCAAGUUUGCUGUUAAUAAUAAUUCGCAAGGCUAAACAACCAGGUUCUUGCGUGCCGGAUGCAGCAUGAUUUAAUGUAAACUGUACAUAUACCCUUCACAAAAGGGGAAGAA